AGGCUGAUGAAAUAUUACAAAAAUUUUUAGAAUCCGGCACAUCAAAUCACAUUGAGAUGCAUCCUAAUGCAAUUUACAGUAGCAGGCGACAUAUUUCUCUAUCGAGUAAAAAUGUCACAGAUCAGCAUAGCUAUAUAAAUAGUCAAUAUGACCACAAGAAUGAUGUAAACUCACUAAUUUCGCAAGUCAGCGCAAUUAAAGUUGUAAGUGACGAAUACCUCCACAAACAUGAUAAAAUGAAUUAUGAUAUAAAUUGUUAUGAGCAGGAUAGUGAGGGCCUACUAAUUCCGAAAGCAAAUGUAAUUAAGGUUGAAAACAAUGAAAUCUAUCAAAAACUUGCUGAUGAAACAAACUUC